UUUCACUAUGUGAAAAACCAGGCUCGGUUCUUUGUCCAGGAUGCCAGCAUUGCCUCUGCAUUGAAAGAUGUCAGCUACAAGAUUUGUGAUGAGGAGAACCAAAAGAUAUCGAUCUUUGUCAUUGCCUCUAAUGUACCCUACUCUGUGCGGUAUAAGUUGAAACCAAAAGAAAUGAAGCAGCUAAAGCUGACCAUGCACAAACGCUAUGAUGUCUCCCAUGAAGCUCUUGACCUCCAGAGUCUCCGCUUUGACCCAGACUUGGUGGGCCAUGAUAUUGAUAUAAUCCUGAAUCGAAGAAACUGCAUGGCUGCCACCCUGCAGAUCAUUGAAGAGAAUUUCCCUGAGCUGUUGUCCUUGAACUUGAGCAACAACAAACUGUACCAGCUGGAUGGCCUGUCUGACAUUAUACAGAUGGUCCCCACAGUCAAGAUCCUGAACCUCUCCAAAAAUGAG